AUGGACGUCCCCUCCGCACCACCGGAUGAGAUGAAUGGCGAGACCAUCGCCAUUCUCGUCCUCUUCAACUUCCACUGCAGGGUCCAGCUGAACGACGAUGCGCAUGUUGCACGCAAGAAGCUGCUGCUCUUCCUCAUGGACAAGCUGUACCAGACACGACCUCCAGCGCCUUCGUACGCUGCAUUUGUGGAAGAGCUUCGGACAGCGAUGCAACCAGACGAGGAUGACUGUCGCAUCGUGGUCGACUACCUCGAUGGCAUGCUUCAUCUGCUCAACGUACCCGACGGUCUCACCAAGCUCUUCAACGAGAAGCUCAACCGAAUCCUACCAAACUACGAGUCAACAGGCAUGCUCAAUGCCACCGAUAUCUUCUUCGAGCGCCGAUCCUUCUUUGGCCUCUUCUUUCGCCGGACAAAGCUGAUCUUUGACAGUCUCGACCUGCAAGCGCGAGACGAACUCAUGUCGUCGGCACGGGCAUGGAGAGAGAGCAGCACCCUCACGAUGCCGAGCUCUGAUCGCCUUGACUUGGACUCGUAUCAGCUCGCUGAUGCCAGGCUUUGUGCCUUCCGCGACUACCAGCUCGGGCUGCUUCGCGGCGACUAUAUGACGGCCAAGGACAACAUGGAGAAGUUCUUCGACUUUUACGCUCCGGGCGCCGACCGUGAGCUGCAUCAACACACCUUGUUGCACCUAGCUACCUUCCACGUCAGGACCGGCAGCUUCUCGGCAGCUCGAGCAGCGCUUGAAGAGGCCAUCAGCCUAGCCCGCUCUGCCAACGACCACGACUGCAUCGGAGCAUGUGAGAGCCUCAUGCUCCGCAUUCAAGGCGUUGGCACAAGUGUGCUUGCGGCCGUUCCUGGCACCGCCCACAUACCGCCACGCCCUAACCACCGUCAGCCAUCCUCGGAUGCGGUCUGGAAGGCACGGUGCGAGAUUGGAAAAGGAAGAUCGGCACUCGAGGUGCUGCACGACCUCGAAGAGGCUUUUUCACCGGCACAACCAUCUCGGGAUACCUUGGCAGCUUCCGAAGCUUCUUUGGAGCUGAUGGAUGAUGCGAAGCGACGCCUGGGCCGGGAUGCCGUCGCGCAAGAUGCCGAGGUCGCACGCCUCUGGAAUUUCCUCGGGGCUCCGGCGCUCGCAAAGGUGUAUCAUGGGCGAGCGGAACCUGCCUUGGACGGUCGAGCUACAUCGCAGCUGCAGCAAGAGACACGCAUCGAUUCCAUCUGCGGCAGGGCGAAACGCCUCUCGCGCGCAGGUCGCUAUGAACAGGCACUGGCGCUGCUCAUCUCGCCGGCAACCUACCGGGGCAUUUCGUUCAGCCACUAUACGACUUGGCAUACGACCAUCGGCGAGAUCCUGCGCUUAAGGGCAGAGAGGCGGGAGGACGAAGCGGCUCUGCGAGUCUUGGCGGAUGCCUUGCCCUUGCCUGAGCGCGCGCAAGCUGGCUGCGACAUUGAAGAUGCUGUCGGGUCGCCGAGCAAUCUGGUGGAGCUUGCUCUGCGCUAUCUCGAUACAGGAAGCUCGAGCGAGAUGGACGAGGCUUUCGGUCGACGCUUCAAAGCGUUCAGCCAACUGACGGCAGAAGAGGCAGGCGAAGCGUUGCUGCGCAAGGCGACCUCAAGGGCCGAGAGCGAACAGCCGUCACUGGCCUUGAUGCCCACGUUGGCAUGCCUCUCGAUCGCCAAAGAGAUGGACUGUCAGCGCCUGGUGCUUGGAGCCCGAGUCCAACUGGCCGAGACGCUUGGACUCCAUCUCCAGAUGGCAGACGGAACACGGUCGCUGAUCGAGACCGAUUUGCCUGCUUGUUUGGCCAACGAGGAUGCCGAGCUGCGAGCGCGCGCGCAAUGGACGUACGCACGCAUCCUGCUCUCGUGCUCGGACAAGUCGAGCAGCGAAGAUCUAGAGAAGGUGCUCUUGUGGCUUGCGAGGGCGGAACAGGACGCCGACGCUGCCGAAUGCCUCGGACUGCAGACGCGCAUCCUCUAUUUCUUGCUGCGGCUCCACCAUCAUGUGGGCGACCAGACCUCUCAGGAGGAAAUCGCUCUGCGACUCGACCGGGUCGAAAGGCUGUGGACACGCAAAGACGCGGCGGAGGACGAAACGUACAUGGAGCAAACGCGCCAGAUCCUGGACGUCAUCGUCUCCGUCGCCGGCUACGUAGCCAGUGGCCAAGCAGCCGGCGGCCGAUGGAGCGUGGCAUAG